UUGCUUCAAGUAUGCUUUAUUUUUGCGAAAUUCAUUUAAUUGUAGAUUUUCUCUCUUAUAAAUGUAUUACAUUGUUUUAAUAUUAGUGCCUGGACUUACUGGUGGUAAAAUGAGUUCCUCUUUAGGAGAUUCAGGAAUAGACUUAUUGGAUAAUCUCUCUACUGUUAAGAAGAAGCUCAAAAAGGCAUUUUGUGAACCUAGUAAUUUAGAAGAUAAUGGAGUUCUGGCUUUUGUAAAACAUGUGCUACUCUUCAAAGAUGAAGAUUUUGUCAUUCGUCAUUCAGAGAAAUGAUGAAAAUGGUGGAAACACAAAUUAUAAAAAUAAUGUGUAUAUAGAAGACGACUUUGAAAAUAUGUGUGUAUUUGUGUUAAAAUAUGUUAAUAAAGAUUUUCAAAAUGUUAA